AUGGAAGAACCAAAAGAAUUUCAUCCACCACACCGGAGGUACUUACAAAAAAGUGUUUUAGUAGGGGUCGCGCUUGUAUUUUUGAUAUGUGGAACCUUGUCAAUUACACUCAGUAAAACAAGUUACACGAUUCAAGUCGAGGAUAUUAACAAUGAUUUGAAAUACUUUCGAAAACCUUUAUUCUUUAAUUUUUUAAUGUUUUUUGCAAUGGCGCUCUGUACGUUUCCAUACCUUCUGUUAAAGUAUAUGUUCAACCCUGAAAUGGGAAAACCAAAUCAAUACACUUACAAACAUCUCCUUUCCCUUGUGUUUCCAGCUCUGUUGUCAUUCUCAGCGACUUACCUCCAAAAUGUUGGAUUGGUGUUCAUCCAUGGGAGUAUAUUCCAAAUGAUGAGAGGAUCUGUCAUUGUAUUUAUAGCGCUUUUACAAUAUUUCUUAAGAAAGCAAAAGCUUAAACUACACCAGACCAUUGGUGUUGUUAUUGUUGUCAUCGCAGUUACAUUGGUCGGGUCAAGCUCGUUUCUGAUUCCAUCGAACAAAAACCCAGGCGCCAAAACGCAUACAGGUCAUAAGGUGUUAGGCAUUGGGUGCAUCAUCUUUGCGCAAUUGUUAAAUGCGUGUACCAAUAUCUUGGAAGAAGGGCUACUCCACGACGCAGAGAUUCCACCAAGUCUUAUAGUUUCGGUGGAAGGCGCUUUUGGCGUGGUUUUGGGUGUGGGUACAAUGCUCUUCUUGGAAUUUAUGCCGAUCGCCAAUGAUGGGUUCCUCAAAGAAACCACAUCAGAAACGCUUUUGAUGCUCGCCAGAAACCCAACAUUGUACGCACUGGCAAACGCGUACAUCUUGGUUGUUCUGUUUUUCAAUUUGUCUGGUAUGACCAUCACAAGCCAGGCAAGUGCACUGACAAGAAACGUGAUUGAUCCCCUUAGGAUGGUGACGAUUUGGCUGACACAAUUGUUUAUACACUACGUUAUCAGCGACAAACUGGGAGAGGCAAUUUCAUGGGCAACAAUCAUCCAGGUGUUUGGCUUCGUGGUACUGACUUUUGGGUUCUUUGUAUACGCUGGUAUCAUCCCUCUACCAACGUUCACCAAGAGAAAGGUGAAUGAAAACGAAGAACCAAUCUUGAAAGAAGAGGACGAAAGUGAAAAAGAACUCAAACCAAACGAUAAAAUCGACUAA